AUGGCGCAAGAGCGUCGAUUCGUCUCUCUCUGCGACCCUGCUCUCAUCCUCCAUCUCUCACUAUCAAUGCUUGGUUCCGCUUACACUGAAAGUGACGAUGAUGCUAUCCAAGAAGAUGAUGAUGAUUUUGUCUUCGACAUAGAUCCUGCCGUGUUAGUGGAUACUCGUAAACUUAUAAUUGAUGAACAGAUCGCAGAAGGGUUGCAUUCAAUUGUCUACAAAGGAUGGUAUGAACUGAAUCCUGUAUCUAUAAAGGUUAUGCUUCCAAUGCAAACAUCAAAUGUUCCUUCUUCUUGUAAAGCAAAAUUUCAGCGGGAGGUUAACUUGAUAUCCAAAAUUAAACAUAAAAAUAUAAUAAAGUUUAUUGGCGCUUCUGUGGAGCCAACAAUGAUGAUAAUUACAGAACUUUUGGAAGGUUGUUCGCUACAUAAAUACCUAGAGAGCAUUUAUCCAAAUGCUCUUAGUUUAGAGCAAUCCAUAAGUUUUGCUUUGGAUAUUUCUCAAGCCAUGGAGUAUCUGCAUGCAAAUGGCAUAAUUCACCGCGAUCUAAAACCUGGUAAUUUGGUUCUUCCCAAAGACAAAAUGCAAAUAUUACUUACAAACUUUGAGACAGCUAGAGAGGAGAUAUCUGGUGAGAUGACUUCUGAGGCUGGUACAUAUCGAUACAUGGCUCCUGAGUUAUUCAGCAAGGAUCCACUUUCUAAAGGAGCCAAGAAAUGCUAUGACCAUAAAGUAGACGUCCAUAGCUUUGCUAUGGUUCUAUGGGCAAUAGUUAAAAACCAGAUUCCAUUUAAAGGAAGGAGUGACUUGCUGGCAGCAUAUGCUACUGCAAAAAAGAUGAGGCCUAGUUUGGAGGGUUUUCCAGAAGUUCUACUUCCAUUGCUGCAGUCUUGUUGGGCAGAAGACCCAAAGCUACGACCUGAAUUCUCAGAGAUCUCGCAAAUCCUUGAAAACCUUCUCCAUAACUAUCACUCAACAGGUAUAUCAGCUGAGGAAAAAGCAUGUCCAACUACAAGUGUGCAGGAACUUUUCCCCAAUUAUGUUGAAGACAACUCAGAACAUGAACAUGAACAUGAGACUCAGAAUCUGAAUACCAGUGUCUGCUUGGAGGGACAAUCUGAGGUCAUAACACAAAACUCUAGUCCAGUCUUAGCCCAAACCAAGCACAAAAGGACUCUUAAGAAGUGCAAGGGUUUAUGGUUAUGCUUUCGAAAAUGCUUUCACAUUGGUUAA